AUAAAAAUAAAAUAAAAAAUAUGUAAUCUCAUUAAUACACCUACGAUUUAUUUGUGAUAGGUGGAGGUUCCGGAGGUCUCGCUGCUGCCAAAGAGGCAGCCUCUCUUGGUGCAAAGGUAGCUCUUGCCGACUUCGUAAAGCCCUCCCCUAUCGGUUCAAAAUGGGGUCUCGGUGGUACAUGCGUAAAUGUUGGUUGUAUUCCCAAAAAGCUUAUGCAUUUGUCUGCUGUAGUUGGUGAAUCUCACGAGGCCUAAAAAAAUAUGGGUUGGUCUGAUAUAAAAGAUAAAUAUUCUCAUCAAUGGGAACCAAUGGUUUAAAGGGUCUAAAAUCACAUAAAAAAACUCAAUUGGGGCUACAAGGUAGCUUUAGCUGAAAACGAAGUAAAAUACUUUAAUUCUUUAGCCACUUUAUUUGAUAAAAAUACAGUCGAACUUACAGAUAAAAAAGGAGAAAAAACAAAAAUAACAUCAAAAUAUAUAUUAAUAUCAGUAGGAGGAAGACCAACAUUUUUAGAUGAUAUUCCCAAUAAUAGGUAAUUAUGUAUAACAUCUGAUGAUAUAUUUUCACUAUAAAAGCCUCCUGGUAAAACCUUAAUCGUUGGCGCAUCUUAUAUAGCCCUUGAAUGUGCUGGUUUUCUUGCUGGUUUCCAUUACGAUGUAACAGUGAUGGUCCGUUCUAUUUUAUUGAGAGGUUUCGACUAAGAAAUGGCUAAUAAAAUCGGCGAAUAUAUGGAAAGACAUGGUGUGAAGUUCAUAAGAGGUACAAUUCCUUCUGACAUAAAGCAAGAAGGUGAAAAAAAACGUGUUUUCUGGAAAGACGCUAACGGAUAAACACAAAGUGAUGUCUAUGAUACAAUAAUGUUGGCUAUAGGAAGAAGUUCUGAUACCUAAAAUAUUGGUUUGGAAUAAUUAGGUAUUAAAACAAAGCCUAAUGGAAAAAUAAUAUGUAAUGACGACGAUACUACGUCUAUUGAAGGAGUCUUUGCCAUAGGAGAUUGUGUAGAUAAAAGACCAGAGUUAACUCCCACAGCAAUAAAAGCUGGCCGACUUUUAGUCCGAAGACUUUUUGGUGGAGAAAAGAAGUUUAUGAAUUAUCAUUAUAUCCCUACAACUGUAUUUACCCCUCUAGAAUACGGAACAAUUGGCUUCUCAGAAGAAGACGCAAAAGUUAAAUUCGGAGAUGCUAAUAUUAAAGUCUUUUAUUCUAUUUUUAAACCUCUUGAAUGGAAUUAUUCAGAUCAUAGACAUGAUGAUAAGGGAUAUUGUAAAUUAAUUAUUAAUAGUGCUGAUAAUAAACGAGUGGUAGGUUUCCAUUAUUUAGGACCUAAUGCAGGAGAAGUUACUUAAGGAUUUGCUAUUGCUUUUAUUUUGAAAGCAACCAAAGAACAUUUUGAUGAUAUUGUAGGUAUUCAUCCUACUAGUGCUGAAGAAUUUACAACACUUAAAUUUAUUAAAGGAGAAGGAGAAGCUAAAGAAUCAGGUUGCUGAGGUUGAGAGGGCCAACUGCUUUAGGAAAAAGGCAGUUGGUGAUCUCUUUUACCAAUUUUUGUUUUUUCCCUCUCAAAAAACUUUUUUUUUGUUUUUUUCUUAUAUUUAUGAAUACUUUUAUUUGAAUUUUUUUUAGAAAAUUUAAGAGAAAAUAUUUCUUGGUAAAAAAAUGAUGCUUUCUAAAAAAAAAAAAAAAAAUUGUGAAUAUUUAAUUAUUGAAUUGAAGGAAGAUUUGCUAAUUUUUGAUUUGAAAAUGUUUAUUUUUCUUUUGAGUAUUUUUAAUUCUUUCAAAUUUAUAUUCGGCUUUGUCUUUUUUAAAGAAUUCCUAUUCUUUAAAAGGGAACUUUAUGAUAAAAAAAGACUAUAAAAAUUUCAAAAAGGUUUUUUUUUUGAGUAGAAUAUGAAUAAAAAUAAAAGGAUUGAAAAGAAAAAAAGAUUAAUAAAAAUAAAAGAAUUCUU